AUGAAUCAAGCACAACCACAAACUGGAGAAACUUCUAGCUCAACACUCGUUUCAAAAGAGACCAAUAAGCCUCUUCACUCCCCAGAAGCGCAGUCUUCAUUGAACAACGCGUCAACAAGUACGGUUGCAACAGGAACUAAUAUCAUGCCUACACAUAACGCCUCUACUACUACAAUUAAUACCACAGCAAGCGCUACUACAGCUAAUAAUGCAGAGCCUACAGCAACACUCAAAGUAGUUGAACCAGCGAAUAAUAGCGAGGCAGACGAAGAAGCGAUUCGAAAUCAAAAAUUAGUAGAAGAAUUUCAAUACCUUUUAGAAAAAAGCCAAAGUUUAUUUAGUGGAUUGAGAGACCUGCCACCAACAGGAAGCCAUCGUCAAUGGAGACCAUAUUUCGAGAAAACAUUUGAGGUGUACACAAAGUUAUGGAAAUUUCAACAAACGCAUCGAUCCAUUCUUGAAGACAAAAGCAACUAUGGAUUAAAGCGUUGGGAAGUAGGUGAAAUUGCAAGUAAAAUUGGCCAACUUUAUUAUCAUUACUAUUUAAGAACGAGCGAGACGAAUUAUUUGUAUGAAGCUUAUGUGUUUUAUGAAGCCAUCCAUGAAAGACAGUACUUUAAAGACGUUCUAGAAGUAAAAAAUUCUGCUUUGAUGAUUAAAAAAAUGAGAUACUAUGCUCGUUUUAUCAUUGUCUGUUUAUUGUUAAACAAGGACGAAAAUGUACGCCAACUUAUCACUGAAUUAGAAGGUCUAAUUGAAGAAUACACAAAAAGCUUUAAACCACCCGAUGCAAAAGAAUGGCAAAUGGUUUUAGAAGAAAUCAGUACAUUUACAGAAGCAGAAAAGAAGCUUGUCCCUAUCAAUCUUGACCGCACGCCUGAUAAAAUUGAACAUCGCUUAUCAUCGAAUAUUGCUGAACGAAACCUAGGUCAUUUCCCUAAACUGAAACUUCAAGAAGCUAUUUUAGUCGGUAAUUAUCAAAAACAGAUCAAGUUCUCAGAGCUGACCUUGGAUAUGUAUCGUAUGCUUCAAUCUCUUGAAAGAAAGCCGUUUGUGAUGCAUCCUUCAGUAACAAACAAUACCACUACGAAUGAGAAAAAGGAAGCAGCUAGCAAAGAAGAUAAUACCAAUGUGAAUAGUAAUAAUCCAAAAGCGAUGACCACAACAGCAACUACAACAGCAGGAGUAGCCGCAACAACAAUCACAACCACAGCAGCUGCUCCAGCUUCAGCAGCAACUACAACAGCAGUUCCAUCGAUAGCAGCAGCUGUUUCUUCAGCCAAUAACACCCAGAACAACAACGCGAAUGAUAAAAUGAACAAGCGAUCAAAUCCACAUAAAUAUCUUUUAUACAAGCCUUCUCUCAGUCAACUUUUAGUGUAUAUUUCCACUGCCUUUAAAGACACAAGCGAGAACUCGGCUCUACUUUUGUAUCUUUCAGCGGAUGGAUGUUCGUAUCCUGAAAGAACAAUAUCAGGCUAUGGAGGUGGUGUCUUAACGAGUCAACGCAACCGACAGACCUCUAUCGCUGAUCGAACAGGCGCAGGAGGAUCUACUAGCACAAAUGUGGCAGCCAAUGUCUUGUCCUCAAAUCCUAAUGGACCCUCUGCUCAAGCCUCUUCUUCUCUCAAUAUAAUUAAUAAUAACAAUAUCAACAGCAAUAGCAACAAUGCAUCCACCCUAGCUAACAAUACUACGGCUUCUAACAACAAUCUGGCUUCUACAACCACUCAACCAACUGAAGUAGCAGCAGUUCCACCUUCUGCUCAUUGUUUGCAUCCUGCUGAUCUUAUACCAUUCACACGCAAACCUUUAUUUUUGAUCGUUGAUAGUGACAAUAGUAUUGAAUUCAAGAAUAUGCCAAAUGUAUUUGAUCAACCUGUGAUGUGUUUAAUGUCGCCUGUCGAAUACCCUUCUUCUGUGCAAGAUAAAAGUGAAAUCGGCAGUUUGUUUACUUUAUUCUUACAUACACCUUUGCUUGGUUUCUGCUCUGUGUCUGAUAUCGGUAAUUUGGAUCAGUCUAAAUGGGAUGAAUGUGUUCGAAAGAUUGAUGCUAUGGAAAAAGCAAUCGGUGCUUUACUCAUUUCAGAUGCCAGUGUUGAUAAAAAUGUAAAGCGUUUUAUGUUUGAUGAUUUUCUUUACUAUUUUAUUGUUCGAUUUGUCCUUUGUGGUAUCUUUUUGCGAUAUCAUUCUUCUUUUAAAGACGAAAAGUCUUUCCCUACUUGCUGUCCAUCUUUACCUGAAAGUAUUUAUGUUUCUACUGAAAUCGUGACCAUGUUGGGUGAUUUGACGGCCAUUGCUGAUGUAGGUACUUAUUUUAGUUUACCUGCUUAUGCUUCUGCUACCAACAAUACUUCAAAUACGUUAUCUUCUUCGCCUUCUGCCUCUGUCAUCACAGGCAAUAGUAAUGUAGUUAUGGACACAACUCAAUAA